AUGAAGUUCUUGAAUUCGACAUACUGGGCCACGGCCACUCCAUUGCCAAAAUGGCAGGACACGAUCGUUGUCUCGCCCGCCAUAACCAAAGUCGAUCCGUGGUCGACUUUCGAUCGGUUUUUCAGCACCAUUACGGGUGCUUCGACCAAAGAUUUCCGCUUUGAACCAGGUCAAACUCCCAUGUCAACUUUCGAGGAGACGGCAGCCUUCAUCUUGGUUUACUACGUGAUCAUUUUCGGCGGUCGCGAGUUGAUGCGGAAUCAGGCACCGAUGAAAUUGAACAACCUCUUCAUCAUCCACAACUUCUACCUCACCGCGAUAUCUGGGGCGCUCCUUCUCCUUUUUGCGCAACAGCUGGUCCCGGCCCUAUGGCGAAACGGGUUGUACGAUGGAAUCUGCGGUGAGGCGGGAUGGUCUCAGCAGCUUCUCGUCUUGUACUACCUGAAUUACUUGACCAAAUAUCUCGAAUUGCUCGACACUGUCUUUCUGGUUUUGAAGAAGAAACCGCUUACUUUUCUGCAUACAUAUCACCAUGGUGCGACGGUUCUGUUAUGUUACACGCAGUUGGUCGGAAGGACUUCUGUCUCCUGGGUUCCAAUUACCCUGAAUUUGGCAGUCCAUGUCAUUAUGUACUGGUACUACGCUCAAUCUGCCCGAGGCGUGAAAGUAUGGUGGAAGCAGUAUAUUACCAUGUUCCAGAUCACUCAGUUUGUGUUGGAUUUGGGAUUCAUUUAUUUCGCCUGCUACACGUAUUUCGCCGACAGCUACGCGCCAUGGCUGCCCCACAGUGGAAGUUGCGGUGACGCGCAGCAAGAAGUUGCUGCCAUCACAGGUUGUGCUAUCAUUUCUUCCUAUUUGGUGCUCUUCAUUAUGUUCUAUUUUUCGACGUACAAGAAGCCAUCGGUGAAGAAAGCAUUGAAAAAGGCAGCGAAGACAGGGCUUCCUACAGUCUCAGAGACCACCGAAUUGACGGCGGAUUUUCUGAAAAUGGCCACCACAGCUAUUGUUGAGACGACGAGCAAUUAG